AUGGCGAUCACCGACAAACAUGGGAGGGACACCGUGCAGGCAGCGGAGGCUGCCCACGCCCAAGCUGUCGUUAAUGCUGCUACUGAAAAAUUAGAAGAGGAAGAUCAAUGUGAAGAAGCCUCGCCUUCACCACUCGAGCAGAUGGUGCUCACCGAGGACAUGUGCUAUGACAAACUCGGAUACUCAUUCAGCGAAAGAAAGAAGUGGACCAUCAUCGCUGUGAUCUUUUUCGUGCAAGUCUCCAUGAACUUCAACACUUCCCUUUAUUCGAAUGCCCUCGGAGGAAUUUCUGAGGAGUUCGGCGUCUCCAUGCAGGCCGCGCGAUGCGGUGCUAUGAUUUUCUUGGUUCUCUACGCCUUCGGAUGUGAACUCUGGGCUCCAUGGAGUGAAGAGCUGGGUCGCAAGCCUAUUCUUCAGGCGUCUUUGCUCUUUGUGAACAUCUUCCAACUCCCCGUCGCUUUGGCCCCCAAUUUCGCCUCCAUCAUGGUUGGUCGUGCCCUGGGUGGUCUUUCCUCCGCGGGUGGCUCCGUCACGCUGGGAAUGGUUGCCGAUCUGUGGGAGCCCGAUGCGCAACAAUACGCCGUGGCCGCCGUCGUCUUCUCCUCCGUUGGUGGUUCCGUGCUCGGACCUGUCGUCGGUGGUUUUGUUGAGGCUUUCUUGCCAUGGCGGUGGGCCAUUUGGAUCCAGCUGAUCUUCGGUGGUGCGGUUCAAAUUAUGCACUUUUUCCUAGUGCCCGAGACCAGAACCACUGUCAUGAUGGAUCGCAUCGCCAAGGACAUGCGCAAAUCUGGUGAAAAUCCUCACAUCUACGGUCCUACUGAAGGCAUGACCUUCCGCGAGCGUUUCCCUCUCCAUGAGCUCACGUCCAUCUGGAUCCGUCCCUUCAAAAUGUUCCUCACCGAGCCCAUUGUGCUGGUGCUUUCAUUGCUGAGUGGUUUCAGUGACGCUCUGAUUUUCAUGUUCAUUCAAUCUCUUGCUCUCGUCUAUGAUCAGUGGGGUUUCAACACCUGGGAGAAGGGUCUGGCUUUCAUUCCAAUUGUCAUCGGCUACUUUAUCGCCUGGUUCUCGUUCUUCCCGGUCAUCAAGCGCAACAUCAAAGAACGCCGCGAUCACCCAGAGAGUGAACGUGCUCAGUAUGAGUCCCGUCUGUGGUGGUUGCUCUACACUGCGCCCUGCCUCCCGAUUGGUCUGAUCGGUUUCGCCUGGACCAGUCUGCCCACAACUCACUGGAUUGGAUCUAUGAUUUUCGCUGCCAUCAUUGGUAUCGCCAACUACGCUAUCUACAUGGCCACCAUUGACUACAUGAUCUGCGCCUACGGACCAUACUCUGCAUCCGCGACCGGUGGUAACGGGUGGUCGCGUGACUUCCUUGCUGGUGUUCUCACCAUUCCGGCCACACCAUUCUUCGAAAACAUCGGCGGCGAAAGGCACCUCGAAUAUGCUUCCACUAUUCUCUUCUGUAUCUCAGUACCCCUUGUUGUUGCCGUCUACAUCAUCUACUGGAAGGGCCCUGCUCUGCGCAAGCGCUCUCCAUUCGCCCAGCAGCUUGAGGAUGCUCGUGUACAAUUGCACACCAACAUCGAGAGCCGACGUGGAUCCAAGAUCCCCGAAUCAUCCCGCGCCAACUCCUGGGCCCGAUCCCAGCAAGACCUCCGCAUCCGUCCCACUAUCGGCAGCCGCGCUAACUCACGGGUCAACUCGCAGGCCAACUCGCGCGUCAACUCACGCCGCAACAGUGUUGUCAAUGCUUAG